AUGCUUGCUAAGCUAUCCUUGUCAUUUCUAAAAUUUUAUAGUGAACAAAUCUCACUAUUCUUUUGCUCCUCAUAUUAUCAUGUUUUCUGGGAUGCUGUCACUGCACUUCAUCACUUCACCACACCUACUGUCGACAGCCGAGCCAUCAGAAAAAAUUGGGAGAUCGCCCCAGGAAUCCGUCUUCCUUUAGCAAUGUAUACGAAAGCAGUGCCUGCAAAGAAUCCUCUCAAAAGCGUUCUUGUCAAUGAACAUGGAACUGAGGUAUGCAUUGCUGUAAAAUUGCAUAUUCCUUCUUUGCUGCCUGGGUAUCGGUUGCAGAUGCACAGGCAUUCUCGCUUUUUGGCAAACGUGAAGUCUGUUGAUGGCACCAGCGAUUCUUUUGCAACUCAGUUCAAGGAGCUCACUGCUAAAGAAGAACGGAUUCAGGGUAUAUUUUUUCGGUAUUUGUGCGCCAUACAGGUUUGGUAG